UUGCUAUGUGUUUAAUAUAGAAACGGAAACUUCGGCUUGAACUAUGUUAAAAAGGAAACCUAUUUUUACACAUGUUUAAGCGCUCAAUAAAUUACGCCGUAAGAUGUGUUUUAGAAAGGGGUUUGGAGAUGUAAACCACUCUUUAUGACAACAAUGGAGAGACAGGUAGCCCUUUUCGUAUUAUUUAAUCUAAUCCAAAACACUGUAACAGUUGGUUUUCUCCCGGCAAAAUGUUCUACAGAAAAGGACGUGAUCACUUGCUUGAAUCAGACCUAUAUAACUCCUCAAAGCUUUCCAUCAACUAUGGUUGAACUUCGUCUGACGCAUUCAGCGAUCAUCAAUAUACAGAGUGGAUUUCUUCAGGCUCUGACCAGAGUUGCUCCCAAUUUGAGAGCAAUCAUAAUCAGUUCAUCAGAUAUCACAUACAUGCAUGCCUGUUCAUUUUCCACUGCUUCUAACCUAAGUCAAAUAUUGGUCAAGGAUUCCAGCAUACAAGAAAUCGUGCAAAAUGCGUUCUCGGACCUGAAGUCUGUACAAAAAAUCGAAUUCAUUAAUGUUCGUAUCAAAGAAAUUUCCAAGCUGGCUUUUCAUGGAGUUCAAGGUGUCGAGCUGUUCAAAAUGGAUAAACUAACAGUGACGAAUAUGAGUUACGCUUCUUUUGCCGAGCUUGACGAGGUACGUGUCCUACAGCUGACCAACUCUUACAUUCAGUUAAUGGAGAGCCAGGCUAUAGUCAAUCUUAAAUCAGUCUCCUCGAUCCAGAUCACAGGGAAUACAUUCAAGUCCACGCUGUGUGGAUUCAACAUACUUCAACCGGGUCUGGAUUUUACGAACAACAACCUGACAUGCAAUACCAAUAUGACCGCCACUCUUAGUUCUGCUGGAAACAACAGAUGUCUCUGGAACGUUAAGGAUAUGUGCCCGGAGUUAAAAGACACUGGUAUAGUAAAACACAGCUACGACUGUCAAACUAUAACCCUUGAUGAGGGCAUUCGACCAGUGUCCCAAGAUGAAAUUUUUGACAUAGAGAACUCAGAAGACCCCAACAACUGUGGAAUAAGCAAUCUCUGCACAUUCAGAACUUCAUUCUUCUGGAUUAUAUAUAGUGUACUUAUUUCAUUUGUUGCCUGAUAUUGCUUUCCAUUAUCCAUAUAUAUGUAUGAGGUAUGAAUCAGUCCUUAACCAUUCUAUGAAUAAUAUAUACAGUAAAAACGUUUAAAGCAAUCAUGGAUAGAGGUGAAAUGACUGAAUGAAAUCCGCUACAAUACUUUCUCCUAGGUCUGCAUUAGGUCCUAUCUAGAUAUUGGUUAAUUUACUAAAUUUAUUUAAUACCAUAAAAUAAAAUUAAAUCAAACACCAACUUAACAAUAAACUUAUCCCUAAAAUU